GUGUGUGGAUGGAGGAGGCAGAGUCAAACACACAUACACAUAGAGACACAGACCAGGACCACACCGACCGGUCUGUCUCCUAAAGAUGCUGAAAUAACGGCGAGAAACCAACAUCUUUCGGUUGUCGAUCGUGACCAGCUCACUUACUGUCAGCAAGAUGUCUGGGAAAAUAGACAGUAAGCAAGAGUCCCAGCGCUCCCACUUGACAUCCUUCACCAUGAAACUAAAGGACAAAUUCCACUCUCCCAAAAUCAAGAGGACACCAUCAAACAAAAAGUCCAAACCACCACCAGAACAACCCGUAAAGUCCCCAGAGAAAACUGUAACUAAGAGUCUGAGUCGAUUAGAGGAGCAUGAGAAAGAAGUGGUCAGCGCCUUGCGGUACUUCAAGACCAUUAUUGACAAGAUGGCGGUGGACAAGAAGGUGUUAGAAAUGCUUCCUGGUUCUGCUAGUAAAGUUUUGGAGGCUGUCACAGGCUUGGUACAACUAGAUAGCAAGAUACUGAGCAGUUCAAGGGUGUCCUCCUGUCUCAACCGACUCUAUCAAAGCCUUGCAAACCUCAUUCGCUGGUCGGACCAAGUAAUGCUGGAGGGUGUGAAUUUGGAAGAUAAAGACACAAUAACAACAGUCACAAAUGUGAUCAAAGCAGUGCUGGAUGGUGUAAAGGAGCUGGUUAAAGUUGCCAUUGAGAAGCAGGAGCACCCUUCACCUACGACACCUGUCAAAACCAUUCCUCCAGUUGCCAGCCCACAGCGUGUCCCUGAGCCCCCUGUCAUUGAGACGAAGGAACCCAUCUUGAAUGACAGCCCUGCCCCAGCUGAGAACAUUGAGACCCCAAAUGAUGUACCUGAGGAGGAAGUAGCCCCUCCGAAACCCCCUCUACCUGGACUCAAAGUGCCUGAACAACACUGUCCACCGGCUCUCCCUCCAAAGAAGCGUCAGUCGGCACCGUCUCCCACCAGGAUUGCUGUGGUUGCGCCAAUGAGUCGCACCACAAGUGGAUCAAGUCUUCCCAUUGGUAUCUGUCGACAGGAGUAUGAAGCAGAUGCCUUACAAAGGCGUUUUUCUGGAGGCAGUCACUCAUAUGGAGGAGAAUCGCCACGACUGUCCCCAUGUGGCAGCAUCGGCAUAUUGAGCAAGUCAGAUGAACAGCUGUCCUCUCUGGAUCAGGACAGUGGACAGUGCUCUCGUAACACCAGCUGUGAGACUCUAGACACAGCAGAGAGCUACGACCCUGACUAUGACUUCUUGCAUCAAGACCUGUCCAGCACUGAGCAGAUCCCUCACACACACACAGGGGGUUGUCUGAGCCCCCUCCCCGAAUCUCUCCACGAAUCUUCCUCAUUUCCAGUCCAGCACCAGUCGAUGCCUCCUGCCCUCCCGAAGAAGGAACGGCGGCCACCUCUGCCUCCAGUGGAACGACUCUACUCUCAAUAUGACAACGUUCCAGAUGAGGACAUGCACACUCCACCCUUCCCUCUCUUCGGUGCAAUCCCCCCCUCAAACCCUGGAGUAUUUAUGGGGAACUUCGGUCCCAGUGAGAACACACAGAUCCCCCAGAGCCCCCCACCCCUGCCGGAGAAGAAGAGUCGCCAUAUCCUGAAAUACAUGCAGUUCAUGGAGGACUAUUCAGAGCCGCUGCCUUCCGUUUUCUAUCAGACGCCACAAAGUGAAAGCAUUUAUGAGCAGCGCAAUAGGAAGCGAUUUCAGGAAGUGUAUGGCCUCAGCGACUCCUUCAGCAGCAGCGAUGAGACUCUUCCUCCGCCAGCACUGCCCCCAAAACAGAGACAACUGGCUUCCUCACACUCUGCGUCUCCUUCCUCCUCCUCUUCCUCGUCUCUGUCUUGUCAGCUGCAGCAGUGUGUGUCUGGGCCCGGUCCCGGUGAGACAGAGUCCACUCUCAGCCUUUCUGCAUCUAACUCCUCUCUGAACCGCGAGGGCUCUCUGCCUGUCCCUACGAGCGAAAGUGCUAAUGAUGAAGGUGGGGAGGGUGAAUACGUCAAUCUGUAUUCAUCCAACCAGGCCAAUGGAGAUGUGACUCUCUCCAAUGGAGACUCUUUUUGCGGUGCUGAAGAUUCGCCCCAGGACUCCGCUAUUGAACACAGCAAAGAUCCAGCUGACAGAGAGGGCUGGAAGCAGAAGUGUGUGGACUCAGAUUUGACCUCAGAAGAGGUGGAUGAGCUCUGUUUGAUUGACCACGAUGAGAUCAUGUCUCGCAUAACACUAAAGCAAGAGAACGACGACGGCCCUGAUGUUAGAGCGGGAUCAGGCGAUAUUUUAUUAGUUCAUGCCACUGAAACCGACCGCAAAGAUCGGGUUUUAUACUGUGAAGCUUUCUUGACCACGUACAGAACAUUUCUAACCCCAGAGGACCUCAUUAAAAAGCUCCGCUAUAGGUACACCAGAUUUUCUCUCAGCUCUGACAGCAUCAAACAACGAGCUAGUAAAAACACCUUCUUCGUGCUGGUGCGUGUCGUGGAUGAGCUUUGUUUGGUGGAGCUGACGGAAGACAUCCUGAAGCAGCUCAUGGAGCUUGUGUUCAAUCUCUUGUGUAAAGGGGAGCUUACUUUGGCCCGGGUUCUGCGCAAAAACAUCCUGGAUAAAGUCCAGCAGAAGAAGUUGCUGCAGUACACUAAUUCCCUCAAAACACUGGCUGCACGCGGUGUGGCCGCCAGGCCUGGCACAUUGCAUGACUUCCGUAGCCAUGAGAUCGCAGACCAGCUGACGCUCCUCGAUGCAGAGCUCUUUUAUAAGAUAGAGAUCCCGGAGGUUUUACUUUGGGCAAAAGAACAGAAUGAGGAGAAAAGCCCCAACCUGACCCAAUUCACAGAGCACUUCAACAACAUGUCGUACUGGGUUCGGUCCAUAAUAAUCCUGCAGGAGAAAGCCCAGGAUCGGGAAAAACUUCUCCUGAAGUUCAUCAAAAUAAUGAAGCACUUAAGGAAGCUCAAUAACUUCAACUCAUACUUGGCAAUAUUAUCAGCGCUGGAUUCAGCUCCUAUCAGAAGACUGGAAUGGCAGAAGCAAACGUCUGAGGGUUUGGAGGAAUAUUGCACUUUAAUUGACAGUUCGUCCUCUUUCCGGGCGUACAGAGCAGCUUUGGCAGACGUGGAGCCUCCAUGUAUACCGUACCUAGGUCUCAUCCUCCAGGACUUAACGUUUGUGCAUCUUGGGAAUCCUGACCACAUUGAAGGAAAGAUCAACUUUUCCAAACGCUGGCAGCAGUUUAAUAUUUUAGACACUAUGAGGCGUUUCCAGCAAGUGCACUAUGACCUCAAACACAACGAUGACAUCGUCUCCUUCUUCAACGACUUCAGUGAUCAUCUGGCCGAGGAGGCAUUGUGGGAGCUUUCCUUAAAGAUCAAACCCCGCAACAUCACCAGGCGAAAAACAGAGCGAGAGGAAAAGACAUAGCUCACAAACAAACGGCUCUCCGGUGAAGUUGCAGAACACAGCAAUCAAACAUUACUGUAAUGGCAGCUACGAGACUGGAAACGAUACUGUAUUUCUGUUACAGUUUACAGAACAUUUUUUAAAAGAAAAAACAAAACAAAAACAUGAUUAGAUUUUAUUUUAUACUUGCACUGCGUCUGAACCUGUGUGGACAUUUGAAGUGGAACAGCGCCAAGACAGCAAACAUGAGAUUAAAUCCUUUGAGAUCAUAACCUGGGAUUUACGCUGAUAUGCCAGAACCGUCUCGCCAUCUGGAUGUUUGCAGUGCGAUCUGGAGUUCAAUCGUGAUUCCCGAUCUGGCGCUUUGGGUGUUAAAGCGCCUGAAAGACUGAUAUUUUUAUUUAUUUAUUUUGUAUGUAACAAAUGCACAUUAAGACUCUUUGGGUUUAGAGGGAUUGCUGUACGCUUAUCUGCUGAAUUGAACAGCUUUGAGCAUUGACGAUAAUAGGUCACGAUGCGGUUAUUAAUAGCACUUCACGAUUUUGUUUGUUCUGCGCAAAUAAUAUUAAGAGUGUGUUCACACUUGGCAGGUUUGUUUUAAAACCAACUGGUGCGAAUAAAGCCUCAUUUAUAAUUCUGCGUUGAGUAAUCGUCGUGAGUUUACGCUGGAAAUGUGCGUAAGGCUGCAGUAUUUCACACUCAUUCAUGAAAGAACUGGCUCAAUGAACUUUAAUCAUAAAAUAAACACAAAACAAAGGUAUCCGUGUGGAGCUCCUCUGUGGUACUCAUAAAAAAAACUGUAAUAAAUACUGCACGAUUCCUUCGAGUUGUCCCACAAAAAUUUAAUACGUUUACUUUAUUGUUUCUUUACAAUUGUAAGCGGAUUGAACAUAAAUGGAUUAUGUUGUCCCAAAAAAAAUAAGAAUCGUGUUGUUUGAAGCUCAUUUUUAAUAAGUAGAUUGAACAAGCAGCAAAAGUGCAGCCUUGCUCUGCCCCAAAGCUCUUGGCCCCGCCCACACUCAUCACCUUUCACCAGGCCGAACAAUCACAGGUCUUGCGCCUUGUUGCGAUGUGUGUUUCAUUUUUUUGAGGGGUGCGUCAGGGUAGGUCAAAGGGUCUGAGAUGUAUGAAUUGGCCUUAAGUAUUAACAGUUUUUACAGUUUUCAGUUGUAUCAGCUCUGAUACAAGUUUUUUUUUUAUGGAGAAAAUCAAAAGCACUGCAGUGUUUGCAUGCUCUGUAUUUGUCUUAAGUAAGUCUACCAAAAUAUGCAGAUUCAAUAUGGAGUAUGAAGCUGAUCGGUCAGUUCUUGUCUCCUGACUCGCAGUACGCUCACGGCAUUCUGUAAAGUUAACAUUUUUAGAACUAGGUGAAAAAAACAAAAGCGUGUCCUGCCACCUCCGCCUCGCUUCCAAUAUGCGUGCACCAGCCGCGCGACUCCAUUGAAAAUAACUUGUGUGCGCAAAAGAUGCAAUAUGUGAAUGACUCCUAAAGCUGUUUCACUGCUUGGUACUGUAUGGUUGAGCUUGCUUCAUUCAUUUUUUUCUUGGUUCAGUUUGCAUUUUCACUGCAGUUUAGUACAGCUUAAAGUGGCUGGAAUUAUUGAUAAUAAUAAUAAUUCCCUGCAUUUAUAUAGCGCUUUCCUGGACACUCAAAGUGCUUUACACAUUGGGGGGAAUCUCCUCAUCCAUCACUAUUGUACAGCAUCCACCUGGAUGGUGUGACAGCAGCCAUAUUGCACCAGACCGCACACCACACACCAGCUGAUUGGUGGAGAGGUGACAAAUUAUGAUACCAGGAUGGUUUGGAGGCCAUGAUGGACAGAUGGCAGUAGACAAAUUUGACCAGGAUGUUGGGGUUGAACCUUUACUCUUUUUCGAAGGACAUCCUGGGAUUUUUAAAGACCACUGGUUUAACAUCUCAUCUGAAAAACGGCAGUACUGAGCAGUAUCUAGUUCCCUCCAGUUCACUGGGUGUUAGAACUCCCACAGACCGCAGGUUGAACGCCCCCUGCUGGUCUCACUAACACCGCUUCCGGCAGCAACCUAGGUAUCCAGGUACUGACUGUGCGCCUCUUCGGCAAUGACGUUGUUUUCAUUUUGGGUCGUCCUAUCUAGUUCUGGCUCUCUGGACCUCUUCUGCUGACCAUGAUGUUGCCAUUUCAGGUGUCUUUUCCUUACGAUGAUAUAAAAAUAGUUUAGUCGUGCGAACCAGCAAUACAGCAGGGGCAGCUGCUAACUAUUUAAAUGCAGUAUAUUAGUUUGGUGUCUUGUUGCAAAUCCAAUGACACUGCUAGUGACUAUUCUCACAGACCAUUCGGUGAUAAGCAGUCAUUAUAUCUCACAAUUUAUUUAUUUUUUUAACCUUUAGUGGAUGGUACAGUGGAGAGUAUUGACAGAAAAUCAUGGGGAGCCAAGAGAAAGGGAAAGGAUUGAAGGACUUCGAGCCAGGAAUCAAGCUAGGGUCACCGUGAGCACCUUGGUGCUAUCCGCUUGUUAAGUGUGACUUCACACAAACGGAUUCCGGGUCCAAUCGCUAUAUUAAACUCUAUGGCGAGGCUUAACAUAUGGUAAUGGUAAUAUACAUGGUAAUAAACGUUUACAAAGCGAUGUAAUACUUUCGAAAAUCACGAUUGCAAUAUAUAUAUUAUAAAUAUAUAUAAAUAUAUGUGUCUGUCCAGACUGAGAUUCUGGUGUACACCAUGAUUUUAUAGAAAUAACACUUUAAUAAGUGGUCAUAAACUAAUAUUUUCUCAAUUCAAACAAGUAGCAUGGACCCGGAAACAGUAUUCCUUACAUCACGACUUAACAAGUGGGUAUGUCGACACACUUAAUCACUACACUAUUGGCGCCAACUAUAUCACAAUUUGUAAUGGUACAGCUUGCCAGAAACCUCACCCUAGGUGGUACUAAAAAAAGUACGAGGUACUAAAAGUACACAGUAGACAAGCCUCGUCAAUUGAGCGUUACCCUGCAGUGGACAACAAACAAAAAACACGACAUGGUAUCACAAAAUGUAACUAUGCCUCGGUGCGGAAGUGUGCUCGUUUUUGCGUUUUUUUUUUUUUUUUUUUUGUUUUUUGCGAUUUUAGAACUUCCGAUUUAGGUGCUUAUGGGAGAAAUAACUAGGAAUAAUAAACGACAGAAACCGAUCAAACUACUAAGUGUGUUCAUGACUAUCUUACAGACGAAGUGGAAUAAUAUAAUACGUCAGUUAAUGAAAACGUCAGUUUUUUACGUCUAAAAACGUGAAUGAGAGCGGAAGUUUCAAGCCAAAAUGAUUCAAAUGGCUGCGCAAGAUCAUACGUGAAGAAUAAGGUGAAUAAAAGCGACAGAAUUCUCAACUAUACCUGUUUUUUUUUAUUUUUUUUAUCAUAAUCACAAUGGUACCUGUCUCAAUUCAAUACAAGCAUUAGAAAUGUGUCUCCCCACAGUAAAUCUUUAUUUUUGUUUGUGUUUCAAAGGAAUUUCUGGUGCUUUUUUGACUUAUUUACACAUUUAUACGCUUUUUGAUUUUCAAAUGAUAAUGAUUAAGUUCUGUUCGGGCUUUAAAAAUAAUGCCUGCAUAAAUACUGGUCUGGAUAGUAUUCUGGAUUCAUAUUCCGGAUAGUAUAUGAAUAAUGUUCAGAAUGGACCACCAUAUCUGAACUGCAAGUGUGAACACACCCUAAAAGACACUUUUCUGGAUUUGAGCUUCUGAAUUUCUUGGAAACAAUAGCGUGCAGAUUUUAUUGCACAAACAACGGCCAUGUUUUCACAUUUUUGUCCAAAUGAAAUCCAUCAUCACAGCUCUUUGAGGCCUAUUUAAAAUCUGUCUUCCAGUUACUAUUAAUUGCUAAUAAUCAGGGAAAGUGCUUAUUUUGUUACCUGUAUUUAUUUGUAUAUUUAUGUGCAUAGAUUAACAUUCUCGUUUAUUCCUGUGGUUAAGAAUUUUGUUACAACUGUUUGUCUGGUACAUUUCAACAUUUUCCCCUUUGCACAUCAGCAAGGUACAGAGUUUCUUUCAGCAUUAUUGUAGAGUUUCCAGAGCCUUCUUCAUGAUCCGAAACCUACUAUUAAGCGCUCGAAGCUGUUCAAGAGGUAGUGUCAAUGUGAUUUAUUUGAUAUAAUGCAGUUUUCCUUUUGUUUUUUAAAAGGAUUUUACAUUUGCGAAGAGAUUUUCCUCUGUUGUCGUGAGAUGUGAUCAAUUGUGCACUUUGAAGUUGAUUGUGAGAAACAAACUGUUGGGUUUGACGUGUGGACAUGAUGUAAAUGAGCCCUGCAUUGAUUCUUAUGAUGAUGAUGAUGAUGAUGAUGAUGAUGAUGAUGACAACCUGAUUUUUUUAAGAGCAUAUUGGACUGAAGUUGGUUUCAAAAUCCCAAAGACCCCAGACCCCAGACCCCAUCACCACUGUCUGAAGAAGAGGAUUCAGUUGCAUUCAAGUCAUACAACUGACAUGUAUCUCUGUACACAACAUAACCCUGUGAAACCUGGUAAAACAAUAUACAUAUCAACAUUG